AUGUCACGGAGUGAAGCUGGAGGCUUCAUAGUCUCCUCCUACGUGUUGAGCAGGUAUGAGAUCGAUCGGGUGGUGGGGGAGGGAGAGUACGGGGUAGUGUUCGCCGCACGAAACAUCGAGGACAGCUCGCCCGUUGCGAUCAAGAAGAUCAAGGACUAUGCAGAUGGGGAGAUAAGGGAGAGCGUUGCCAAGAUGAUCCUGCGAGAGCUGAAGAUGCUGCAGCACUUCAGCGGGCAUGACAACAUCGUUUCCCUUGUGGAUGUCUUCAUUGACGGGAAGGACAAGCACCUGUACUUUGUAACGGAGCUGAUGGACACCAGUCUUCACUCAGUCAUCUACUCAAAGCAGCCCCUGACCGUCCAGCACAUUCAGUUCUUUGUGUAUCAGAUCCUACGUGGCCUCAAGUUCCUUCACUCGGCCAAAGUAAUGCAUCGCGACCUCAAGCCCGGAAACAUUCUUGUCAACUCAGCCUGCGACGUCAAGAUCUGUGACCUUGGGAUGGCAAGGUCGCCAGUGGACUCGCAGCUUGGAGAGCGACUGACAGUGAAGGUGGUCACGAGAUGGUACCGAGCUCCUGAGCUCCUGCUCUGCUCUCUCGACUACGAUUUCUCGAUCGACGUCUGGGCAGUCGGUUGCAUCAUGGCUGAGCUUUUCUUGAGGAAGCCCGCCUUCCCUGGGGACGACUAUGUUGGGAUGAUCAAGCUGCAGAUCAGCAAGAUUGGCUUACCCAGCCGGGAGGAUCAAGAACACCUGUGCGAAAACGCAGUGCGCUUCCUGUCGGUCGUCGAGGUCAACAAGAAGUUUGACUGGUCCUCUCACGUCCCUAGCGAGGAGGCCAUCGACUUGUUGCAUCAGCUCCUUCAGUUCAACCCUAAGAAGAGGGCCAAGGCUGGCGUUGCUCUCCAACAUCCAUUUUUUCAAGAGCUGCACGACCCCAACUGCGAGCCUGACUGCGACAAGGUGAGGCUGCGGGGGAUCGGAGGAAAAUUCCUGACAUGA